UGAAGAGUUUCUAACUUUUCAACAACGAAAUUACCAGAUUACCCAUGUGGAAACACUGCUUAUAUUCUGCAACAGCAAACUUCAACACAGCUGCCAUCUGGUUCAACAGUUCCGUCCGGCUGCAACACCCAUCGCAUUCUCCACAGCCUCCCUCACCCCUGCCAGUUCCAUCUCCCACCAAAGCGACCCUGCAGCUCCGGCUCCCACAACAGAUCCGACACCCACAACAGCUCCGGCGACGCCGCUGAUUCCGUUUUUUGCUGCUGCUGAUUUCGUUCCUUCCACACACAAGAUGGUUGCUCUGCAUUCUGCUUUUUUUAUGGAUGGAUGCUGCUUUUCCAGGUUUCAGGAUAAACCAAAAUUGCUGAAAGCUAGGAAUAGGCCUGUGCGGGCUUUAGCGAUAUCAUCUCCGAAAGCCGAUGGAGCUAUUAAAGUUGGUAUUCUUGGAGCCAGCGGGUAUACCGGUGUCGAGCUUAUUAGAUUCAUUGCAAACCAUCCUUACUUCGGUAUUUCUCUGAUGACUGCCGAUAGAAAAGCUGGUCAAUCAAUUGCUUCAGUAUUUCCACACCUGAUCACACGGGAUUUGCCGGAUUUGGUUGCCGUCAAGGAUGCGGAUUUUUCAAGCGUAGAUGCUGUUUUUUGUUGUUUGCCACAUGGCACCACUCAGGAAAUUAUCAAAGGUCUUCCAAGUAGGUUAAAGAUUGUUGAUCUUUCUGCGGAUUUUAGAUUACGAGACAUCAAUGACUACAAUGAAUGGUACGGUCAGCCUCACAAAGCAUCAGAAUUGCAGAAAGAGGCUGUUUAUGGUCUAACAGAAAUAUAUAGAAACAAGAUCCAAAGUGCACGUCUUGUUGCAAAUCCUGGAUGUUAUCCUACUACUAUUUUGCUUCCUCUUGUUCCGUUGCUCAAGGCUAGACUCAUUGGAUUGCAAGAUAUCCUUAUUGUCUCAAACUCUGGAGUUAGUGGAGCAGGACGUAGUGCUAAAGAAGCAAAUUUAUACACGGAAGUAUCUGAAGGGAUAUUUUCUUAUGGCAUCACAAGGCAUCGCCAUGUGCCCGAAAUCGAACAAGAAUUAUCUGAUGCUGCAAAUUCAAAAGUAACCGUUAGCUUUACUCCUACCCUAAUGCCAAUGAGCCGAGGCAUGCAAUCAACUAUAAAUGUGCGAUUGGCUCCAGGAGUUUCCGUUGUGGAUUUGAAGCAACACCUUAAGGGAGUUUAUGAGAAGGAAGAAUUUGUAGUGGUGUUGCCAGAUGAUCAAGCUCCACACACCAAAUAUGUUCAAGGUUCCAAUGGUUGUCAUAUAAAUGUCUUCCCCGAUCGCAUCCCAGGGCGAGCAAUAAUCAUAUCCGUCAUUGAUAAUCUUGUAAAGGGAGCUUCGGGUCAAGCUUUACAAAAUCUUAACUUGAUGAUGGGAAUUCCAGAAAACACCGGGCUCAGUUGCAUGCCUUUAUUUCCUUAGCCCGACAUCCUGUUUUAUUGUUUUUGUCUUCUUUCAAGGUUUGUUUUUUUUUAUUAUUGAGAAAAAGGAGACAAAGUUCUAGGGUUUAUGUUUACAAACAAAUGCGCAAUUUUGAAUGUCUACCUAUUGAAUUUAGUAUCCAAACGGGUUUGAACU